AUGUCUUCUCCUCGCGCCCACAGAUUACCUCUCAAUCAAAGGCUCGACUACACUUUAAUACCGGCACCCUUGGACCUUUCUCUCCCAUCUCUAACCGAAAAAUCACCUCUUCCUGCCAUCAUCGUCACGCCAUCAUCUCCCGUCUCCACGCACGACUUCUCCAUCGCGUUCCUAGCACCAGAAUCAAAGCCUUCCAUACUAAAACGCCUAUCGCUCAAAGCCCGCACCGUCAUCAUCAUCCUCUUCAUCCUCUUCAUUUUGGUCUGCCACCUGGUCACGCACCGGCUGGCGGCGGGGAGACCGUAUCUCGACUUCCACGAAGCGCAGACCUCUACUAGUUGGUAUCACGUUCCGUCGUUCUGGGGCCCAGAUAUCCCGGAGGAUAAACGCAAUUUCAUCAUUUCGGAGACGAUGCCGAGCUAG